AUGCAGCUCUACACUGCUGACCAAGUAUUUAAUGUAGAUGAGACUGGCUUAUUUUGGAAGAGGAUGCCCAACCAUACAUACCUUUCCAAGGAGGAGAAGUCAGUACCUGGCCAUAAAGAUGGUAAGGGGCGACUGACUUUACUUUUUGGAGCCAAUGCUAGUGGCGACUUGAAACUUAAGCCCUUGCUAGUGUAUUUGGCAGAGAAUCCCAGGCCUUUCAAGGGAAUUUUCAAGAGUCAACUCCCUGUCAUUUGGAAGUCUAACAAGAAGGCUUGGGUUACCAUGAUGGUCUUCAAAGAUUGGUUCAAUGACCACUUCGUACCAGCAGUGGAGCGAAGGACAAUACGCGCUGCUUUGAGGGCUAUCGAAGGUAACAAGGAGUUGACUUUGAAGCAGUUCUGGAAGGGCUACAAUAUCGCAGAUGCAGUCAGGAAUAUUGCAAAUGCUUGGGACAAGGUGAAGACAACCACUUUAAAUGGGACCUGGAAGAAACAGUGUCCACAGUUUUUGCACAGUUUUAAAGGAUUUGACCAGGCAGAAGAUGUCGAGGCUGUGACGAGGAAAAUUGUAGGGCUAAGCAUGAGGCUGAAACUAGAUUUGGAAGCUGAGGAUGUCAUAAAACUGCUAGCAUCCCAUGGAGAGGAGUUGUCAUCAGAGGACCUCAUUGAGCUGGAGCAGCAGAUGAUGGAGUUAGAGGUACCAGACCCAAAACCUAGGGCAUUAACUGUCAAAGGCUUGUCAGAGGGUUUUACUCAUUUGGAGAGAGCUUUGGCUUCUUUUGAGGGAGAAGACCCUAACAUUGCCAAGUUUGACAGAAUUCGGAGAGGGAUCCUGGAUUUGGUAACUUUUCAUAAGGAAACCCUGAAGGAGAAGCAGAUGAAGAAAAGUAUGCAGUCUAGGCUUGACACUUUCUUCAAGAAGUCUCCAGCACCACCUCCCACUCCUAGUCCUGAAGUGAUGUCAAAUCCAGAUCCCCCUGUACCUGGACCCUCCGUAGCAGCCCAUCCACCUCUAGAAUAUCUAGAUGUAGCCUCCUCAGAGCCAAAAUCGGUUGAUACUAUCACCAGUCCAACUCCAUCAGGCUACCUACACAUGCACAUCUCCAUCUCCCACAACCAAGCUAAUAGCUUUGAGACUCACUAA